GUCGAUUGCAUACAAAUGUAUGAAAAGUACUGUCAGUUUCUGUCCGCGUAGUCCAGCGUUUGCUUCCCAAACCGUUGUCUCCAAUAAAAUGUCACAAAAAAAGCUUUUAAUCGCAAAAGUGUUGCCAUUGAUGGCCAACGUGACCACCGAUACACGCGUGCCGUACGGCAGCCAGAAGUUCAUCGAAAUUAAGAUCAAAAACAUCGCUAACUUGAAGGACAUGCAGGAUGUGAGCGACAAAUGCGCGGACAAUGCGAUGGCCGACAAACCCAAGAGGAAGAGGGAACGACUCGACCACCUGUCCAACGAUGAGAAGAUUAAGCGCAGGAAACUGCACAACAGAGCGGCCGCACAGUUGGCCAGAGAUCGCAAGAAACACAAAAUGUCUGAAUUGCAGGAAACGGUCCGAGAGAUGAAACAACAGAAACGACUUCUGGAGGGCAGUAACGAAGCGCUGAUCACGAGAUGUCGAGCACUAGAGAGAGAGAACGCAGACCUGAAGAGACGGCUGUCGGAGGUGUCGGCGCAGAGCGCGGGUGUCGUGGAGGGGAGCGACGGUAUCGUUGAGUCCGCAGAACUCAUUAAUGUUUCUCAGCCGCAGAAACACGAGACCAGAGCCCCGGAAACGACGGCCAGACCUGCGCCACACUCGACGACGCCAUUCAUCUACUGGUUAGCGGUUCUGAAUCUGAUUCAGUGCUGGAAUUCCUCCAAAAGUGCUCUCAAGAGCUGCUCGACGACGACACCAACAUUACCGGCGCUGAUGGAGACGCCGUUUGUCCCGCAGUCGAGUCCAAUGGCUAUCGCACAGGAGUGCCAACAGUCGAGUCUACCGCCGAGUCUAUUGAAUACCUGAGCCUUGACUCCAAUACUACAUUACCUUUGAGUCCGAUCUCAUGUCAUAGCGAUUCUGGCUAUGAGUCGGCGAACUCUCCUGUGAUUCUACCCGAAGACCCCUUUGAAGACAUUAUGGAC